GGUAACUGAUUUAGUCAGUUGACUGCGAUUUCUCAUAUCUAUCAGGUUUAUGGUUCAGCAGAUGGUAUAUUGACAGUUCGAAAAUCAGCUGAUCAUUGAUCACAAAGUUAAAAAGAAAAAAAAGAGAAAUCAAUAACAUCAGUAAAUCAGCUGUAUUCAACAAAGAGAUAAACAAUUGUAAAACAUGGGGAUUUGAAGAGAGCAGUUUGUACUAUAGUAUACACGUUGCGACGGUUAUAUCUAUUAUGGAUUCCUCAAAGGAUGAAGUGCAAAACGAGUCGGCGUUGAUCGAGAGUCUGCCAACCGAACAGAAUUCGAGAUGCGAAUCGCCGAAACGCGGCACCACGCUCUCCACUAGCACUAGCAGUUUCGAAGCGUUGGAUCCGCACGAUCCGAAUCUGAGUCGCUUAGCGAAUACGAUGUUCCAGAAAACUGGCGAGUACUUACAGGAGGAGCUCACUGCCACUCAUGCAGAUUACCGAUUACUGGAGCGCUUGAACAAAGAGACCAUCGCCAAGUACACGGAACUAAAGGUUAUUUCAUCGAAUGUGGUGCAGUCGUUGGACUCGUUGAACGACAAGUAUCAAAAAUUGCAACCAAUCCUCGAUAACAUCAAUCAGAUCGACGACAGUGUUAAUAAGUUGGAGCAAGCUGCAUACAAGCUUGCAGCAUAUUCGAAACGAUUGGAAGCCAAGUUUAAGGAUCUUGAAAGAGAUGCAAAAAACAAUUAAAAUUGUAAAUUGUCGAUGAAAAAAAUAUAUAAACCAUCUAUAUGUACUUAUAUAAAAUAGAAU